CACAGCUGAAGUCGGGACGCGUCGCUUUUUCGAUGUCCUCCGUGCUCUCCUCCUUCGUCCUCCGCUCGCAGCGCACGCUGCUGGCGUCGACCCUGCUGCUCAGCAUCCCGUUGCUGAAGCGGCUGUGGUCCCUGCUCUCAUCACCACGUCGCAUCCGCGACUCCCGGUCGAGCGAGCACUGGACUGCCGCGGCGACAAAGGCGUCAGCGAAGGACCUGACAAAAGCCGAGCUCAACAGCGUGGGGACCAGCGCAGCACUCACAGAGACGAGCGUCGUCACGGCGGAGCUCUCUGGGUUCUACCCGGCGACAAGUGCCAGCCAUGUGAUUCAGGACUCGCGCUGGCUCACGACCUGGAAGGUCAGGGAUUUCCUGCGCUUCCUUGGUAAUGGGCACGUCAUCGAGACCUUCCGGACGAUUCGACAGGGGUACGCCAAGACCAGGCUCAGGGUGGGCGACGCGCGCCAGCUGCAGCGCCAGGAGAUGGAAGAGCAGGGCAUGAGCGCCCCCGACUUCUUCGCCAAGCACGGCUUCAUCCUGCUCAAGCACCAGACCGCCAUGACAGAGGAGGACUGGCUCGCCUCCGUCGAGAACAUCGAGUCCUUUUUCGACGCCGACGUGGCGGUGCGCGACGAGCGGUACAUGUCGUCCGACACGCCGGCCCGUCGCAUCUGGUCCAAGGAGGCCGAGAGCAUCCUCAAGUCGGUGAUCCCGGGCGCCGCAUCGCUCGAGCUGCCGUCGCAAGGAGUCCGCCGCGAGAGCACCAUGGGCCGAUUCUCGGGCAAGGGCGCGGUCUCUCUCGUCCACAACGACCUUCCGCUCGACGUUGACCAGGCGUGCGAGAAGGCGUCCCGGCUGGCGCCGCGGAUGCGUCAGCAGCGCGAGCAGCUGCAAGGGCCGGACGGCUACAAGUCGCUCCUGCUCUGCAAUCUCUGGCGGCCGAUUGCUCCCUGCAAGAAGGUGCAAGCCAUGCCCCUGUGCCUCUGCGACGCGUCCAGCAUUGCGCCCGAGGACUUUGUCGAGCUCCAAAUUGCGCCGGACGAGCCCGGGUCUCUACAGAUCACCGGCCUGAAGUACAACCCGAGGCAACGCUGGUUCUACUAUCCCGCGAUGGAGACCGACGAGGUCCUCGUCUUCCGUCAGUUUGAGCGGGCCAAGGGCGACUCAGCGCCACCGGUGAUGCCAACCUUCCACACGGCAUUCUGCGACCCCACCGCCCCCGCGAAUGCCGAGCCGCGCAUCUCGUUCGAGUACCGCGUGAGCAUGCUGACGCGCUGAGUCUGAAAGUUGAGACUUGAGUGGAGACUGCACCAGGACCGCGGGUGCCACGGAGCACAGUCGGCGGAAGGUCCUCUGGAACAAGGGGAGGGACUCUUCAUGACAUGUGACUGUUGAGAACCUGGUGAGUGGGGUGUGUGUGUGUGUUGUGUAACUUUUUUCCUACGGUAUAUCUUGGUCUCCGGC